AUGUCCCAUGCGAUUCAGAUCAUAGGAGCCAGAGGUGGUCAGAAUGACACCACUGGUGCGAGACCCUUUCGACAAGACCUGGAAGCAUUUGUGACAACAGGCCCAUCCUUCGAUCUCUACAUCAUGGCUUUGAACGAGAUGCAGGCGACGAAUCAGUCCGACCCAUUGUCAUACUUUCAAAUCGCAGGCAUACAUGGAUAUCCGCAAACACCAUGGGAUGGCGUCAACGGAUCGGCAUCAAACCUUCCCGGGUACUGUGAGCAUGGAUCGACGACGUUUCCCACAUGGCAUCGUCCAUACCUAGCACUAUUCGAGCAAGUCUUGUGGGAAAAGGCACAGUCAAUCGCUCUUCUCUACUCCGAAGAUGUCCGGCCCCUCUAUGUCGAAGUAGCCUGGUGGUUGAGAAUACCAUAUUGGGACUGGGCGUCGCAUCCAGCACUUCCAGACGUGGUGCAGACUUCCAGCAUUGCUAUCAACACCCCGAGUGGCAGAGCAUGGGUCGACAACCCACUCUACGAUUACAACUUCCACUGGAACAGCGACGGAAACGUAUUCUUGAACAAAGGAAUCAUCUUCGACGACUUUCCCUCCACGGUGCGGCAUUACAAUAACGAAACGCAGCAGAGCGAUCAAUCUGCUGCCAGCGCACAAAUGCAAGCUAAUGCUGGGACAUACAUGUCCAAGGUCUUUCAGCUCUUCACGGACUCGAGCGACUACUCAACGUUCUCUUGCGUGACUCCAGGCGGUGUUAACAACGCCGCCAACAACAUCGAAAUUAUUCAUGGAAACGUGCACAACAUGGUCGGAGGCUACGGCCACAUGUUCUAUCCUGAGGUCGCCGCCUUCGAUCCGAUCUUUUGGCUUCAUCACGCCAAUGUUGACCGUCUGCUUGCCAUGUGGCAAGUGCUCAAUCCCGACAAUUACAUCGAGCCUGCCGUGAAUGUCUGGGGCACAUACUACGAGUCACCAGGCACUGUCGAAUCAGGUGCUUCGAGCCUUGCACCUUUCCACUCAGACAACGGCACCUCGAUGUGGACCAGCGACACCGUUCGAGACCUGUCUGUAUUCAACUAUGCCUAUCCAGAGAUCCCAUAUUGGGGGAUGAACGCCACCGAGCUUGCCAACUAUGUCAGACUUCAAAUUAACAUGAAGUAUAAUCCAGCAGUUGCAUCAGCUCACAGAAAGGUGCGCAGACGGCCUCUGCAUGACGGAAACCUUCACGUCGCCUUCCGAUCGAUGAGCCACGCAGAGCUUCGAAGUCUGCGUGUCAACAACGCAGACUUUCAGUGGACGAUCAGAAUCGUCAUGGACCGUUAUGCGUACGUUACAGGCUUUUCACUGGACUUCUUUCUGGGACCACCGCCCGACGAUGUGUCGAUGAGAGCUACAGCCUGCAACCUUGUCGGUACCCAGGCGUCCUUCAUCACGUCCAACGUCUCGGCCAUGUUUCCCAGUGGGCCGCCAGAGGGAAGUGCUCAAGGAGAGCUAUCGCUAACACACGUUCUGGCUGGAGGAAUGAGUCGCGGCUAUCUGGCUGAUCUAUCGCCAGACUCGGUAGUCCCCGUACUUCAGCGCGCUCUCACGUGGCGUGCCCGCUUGCCUAACGGGGAAGAGCUCGACGUUGCGGCGAUCAAGGGCCUGUCCAUCUCUGUUGGAAGCAAAGCGACAACGCCCGCCACAAGCGAAUAUUGCUUCCCCAGUUAUGCGCCGACGCAGUGGCAUUCAGAAGCUACGAGAGGAAAAAUUGGAGGCAGUGGAUGUUCCUGA